CUCCGGGCAGAAGACCGCUCUUCCAGAUGCUGAUUUCCAAAGCACUUGACAAUCACCAGCAGAACCCGAGAGCCGGCGGCGGCGACGGCACGGGCCGGGGGGCAGCUCGGGCCCGGCGCUGAGACCUGCCCGGCGCUCCCUGGACUGACCGACGCGCCGAGCCCCUGCAGGCACCUGCCCUCCAUCCCGGCCCUGCAAGAAGGCGGCGCGCUCUACCUCCCGCCCGGCAGGCGGGCAGGGCGAGGACCCCUGAGCCGGCUCCGGCGGCGCCCGCAGCUCGGCCCCACUCCCGGCUCGGACGCGGCUGGGCGGCGGCGGGCACGACCUCCGAUCCCCGGACUCGCCCCGCAGCGCCCUGGGCGCAUCUGCGCGCCGGGCCCCUAGCUCUGCGGAGAGGGCGAUGGGUCCUGGUCGGGACUGAGCGCCCUGACGCCUCUCGCCGACCUCUCCGGCCUCCGCGCACCGCCUCCCCCGGGGUGAACCGCGCUCUGCGCCGCCCCUUCCCUCUCCUCUCGCCGGCUCCUCUUCCCUCCAUCCCCUCCCUUCCCCGGACCCAUUCCAGGGGCCACCAUGGCCGCGGCCAUCGCCAGCGGCUUGAUCCGCCAGAAGCGGCAGGCGCGGGAGCAGCACUGGGACCGGCCGUCCGCCAGCAGGAGGCGGAGCAGCCCUAGCAAGAACCGUGGGCUCUGCAACGGCAACCUGGUGGAUAUCUUCUCCAAAGUGCGCAUCUUCGGCCUCAAGAAGCGCAGGUUGCGGCGCCAAGAUCCCCAGCUCAAGGGUAUAGUGACCAGGUUAUAUUGCAGGCAAGGCUACUACUUGCAAAUGCACCCUGAUGGAGCUCUCGACGGAACCAAGGAUGACAGCACUAAUUCUAGUAAGUGA